AAAUAAUGGCCACGGAAACAGUGUUGAGUCACGAUGACUCAUGAAACAGGUCGGUCCACCUCUCGAAAUCAGGAUAUAUAAAGUCAGAUUUCUCUGUCUGAUGACACAGAGCUGCAGACUUCCAUCAACAAAGAAAGUUCCUCCUCUACUUGGAACAACGUUUGAACUGAACAUGAAGUUUGGGUUGCUGGUGGUGUUGGCGGUGGCCGUCGUGGUGCCCAGCCUGACCGAGGGCCGGAUCGUCUCCAGAUGUGAGCUGAAAGAAAAGCUCGGGCAGGCGAUCACGCUGCCCCCAAAGCUCCAAAAGUUCAAGGAUGAAUACCUGGCAAUAGUUAUCUGUGAGGUGAACAGGCAGUCCCGUCUCAACACCAGCCUGGUCAAGGUGAUCGGCAAACGCCCGACUACAACCACACCUACCACCCAAAAGACCACCACCCAACCGACAACCACCCAACCAACCACCCCCCAACCAACUACCCCCCAACCAACCACCGCCCAACCAACUACCCCCCAACCAACCACCGCCCAACCAGCCACCGCCCAACCAAUCUCAACCAAUGCCACCAAUUCCACCCUAAACAGAAGAAAGCGCGGGCUGAGCAGCGAGACAGGCAGCGAGGAGACUGACUCUGCAGACGUGACCUCCAGCGAGAAGGAACGGCCUAACGAGGGCGUCAAUGUGACGACGCAGCGUAUCAACGGCCCGGUCGUCGAGGAUGGAGACAAGCCUAAAGACAAGAAGAGAGAUGAAGACCGGGCUAAGAAAGGUGGGAAACGUACGAAGCGAUCCAAAGAGGACCGAUCCAAAGAGGACCAAUCCAAAGAGGACCAAUCCAGCGAGAAGACCAAGCAGCGGCCUCUCGGCCUCUACGGGAUCUUCCAGCUGUCUGACGAGACCUUCUGUAAUUCCGGUUAUCGCUCCUCCAGAAACAAGUGCAACACCACCUGCGAUGCCUUCGCUGAUGACGACAUCAUGGACGACAUCGAUUGCUUUGUGAAGACUGAUCAGUGGAGGUUGUUUUUGAAGUCCGUCUCUCGCAAGUGCCAUUGUCUCACCAAGACCUUCUUUGCCGAGUGUUAUUGAGCAGCUGACACCUGAUGCUGAAGCUCACGCCAAAGAUCAUUCUUCUACCUUCAAUGUGACCUUUGACCCUCACGGUUUCAUCUCAAACAUUAUGGACCAUGUCACAGUUUUUCAUUUUAAUUAACCUGUGCGAUUUCUCUUAUAAAGUUUGGUUUCAGCUCCUUUGGGGGCGGAUUCUCUCC